AUGCAUCGCAUCCGCCCCUGGCGGCACCGCAUUCUUUGCUUGCUUCCGCUCCAACGUGACGGCCACACAUUCUACUCGACCUCGACGAGCACGGCCUCGGUUUCGCUUGCGGCCGGUCGCCCAAGGCCUCUGAUGCAUCUAUACUCGGAGGCUCGAGUGCGGCCAGGCAGCCAGCCACCACAGAUCAGCCGGGUGUCGACAUUCCUACCGCGACCAUCUGAGUCUGAACCCGCAGGUCGCCGCCCGCGGUUCAGCACGACGGCUCGGAGACACAAAAAGAAACGUGCGCCACCUCUGCCCCCCCGCCCAACGCUCCCCGACUCGGAAAUCCACCACAGCUAUCUGAAAGGGUCCGGACCGGGUGGGCAAAAGAUCAACAAAACCGCGUCGGCGGCGCAGCUGACGCACAUCCCGACGGGGAUCGUGGUCAAGUGCCAGGCGACGCGGAGUCGGUCUCAAAACCACACGAUCGCUAAGCGACUGUUGGCGGAGAAAGUCGAGCUGCUCCAGAAAGGCGACGAGAGUCGGGUGAGCAAAGUCCAGGAACGGAAGAGCAGGAAGAAGAGGAGUGCGGAGAAGAAACGGAGGAGGAAGUAUAGAAGUUUAGAAGGGGGGGAAGAGGGGGCCACUGGUCGUAGGGAAGACGAGGAAGACAUGGACGACGACGACGACGACGACGACAAGAAGGAGGAGGACCAGGAGAAAGAGAUAGAGGCAGGUGACGAGGAUGUUGUGGAACGACAGGGCCAAGCGGCACUCGGGAAGGAGAGAGAGAGCCAGAGCCAGAAGAACAGCGAAAAGGGGUGA